AGUUGAACCAACUUACUCUGCCACGCUUGAACAAAACGACAAUUCAAUCCAAGCAGCGCUUAUUCGUGAGAUAAAGGUAAUCGGUAAAUAUCGGGUAGUGUGUGUGCAGCUCGCUUCUUAUUGGCCGCCUUAGAAAUCUCCAUCAGAUAAGCUUUGAAAGUGAAUUCAUGGCUUCAACGGUAAUUCACGCGCCGGGUGCUUGCAGUUCACCUUCAAUCAAGUUUGUAGAUAGCCAAAACUACAUUGGUCUGAAGCCGUCGGUUAAUUUAAGGUUGAAAUUCAAUUUUGUUAAAACGACAGUCAAGGUGCGUCAAAGUCAAUGUCUAUUUAUCGUUAAAGCUGGCGAAACGCGCGAUGGACCUAUUAAGAAACUUGGAUUGACUGAUGCGGAAUGUGAGGCGGCCGUGGUGGCUGGUAAUGCUCCAGAAGCGCCUCCGUUGCCACCCAAGCCCACCGCGCCAGCUGGCACCCCGGUGGUUCCUUCGCUUGCACUUAAUCGGCGCCCUCGUCGUAAUCGAAAGUCCCCUACAUUGCGAGCAUCGUUUCAGGAAACAAAUCUUUCUCCUGCGAAUUUUGUUUAUCCAUUAUUUAUUCAUGAAGGUGAGGAAGACACACCUAUUGGAGCUAUGCCUGGAUGUUACAGACUUGGAUGGCGACAUGGGCUUGUGGAAGAGGUGGCAAAAGCUCGGGAUGUAGGUGUCAACAGCAUUGUGCUCUUCCCCAAAGUUCCUGAUGCUUUGAAGUCUGCCACAGGAGUUGAAGCUUAUAAUGACAAUGGUUUAGUUCCUCGAACAAUAAGGCUACUGAAGGACAAAUAUCCUGAUCUUGUUAUUUACACUGAUGUUGCUUUAGAUCCAUAUUCCUCAGAUGGGCAUGAUGGUAUUGUCCGAGAAGAUGGUGUUAUAUUGAAUGAUGAAACAGUGCAUCAAUUAUGUAAGCAAGCUGUUUCCCAGGCUCGUGCUGGAGCAGAUGUUGUGAGUCCCAGUGACAUGAUGGAUGGUCGUGUAGGAGCAAUUCGUGCAGCUCUUGAUGCUGAAGGCUUUCAUCAUGUUUCUAUUAUGUCCUAUACGGCAAAGUAUGCAAGUUCCUUCUAUGGUCCAUUUAGGGAGGCAUUAGACUCAAAUCCACGUUUUGGAGACAAGAAAACUUAUCAGAUGAAUCCAGCAAACUAUAGAGAGGCUCUAGUAGAAGCCCGUGAAGAUGAAUCUGAAGGAGCUGACAUCCUUUUGGUGAAACCUGGUCUUCCUUAUUUGGAUAUCAUAAGGCUACUCAGGGAUAAAUCUCCUCUGCCGAUUGCUGCAUAUCAGGUUUCUGGUGAAUACUCAAUGAUCAAGGCUGGUGGGGUUCUCAAGAUGAUCGAUGAAGAGAGGGUUAUGAUGGAAUCAUUGAUGUGCCUCCGAAGGGCUGGUGCUGAUAUCAUCCUCACGUAUUUUGCUUUACAAGCUGCUAGAAGUUUAUGCGGUGAGAAGAGGUGAGAAUGGUCUGAUCAACAUGGAACUUUUAUUUAUUAAAAAGCUCUAGGGACAGCUUUUUUGGUACUUGACACUAGAAUAAGUUGAAAUUCUGUGUGAAAUAAAGUAACAAGUGGGUUUGUAAUAAAGUUGUAGAGAAUGUUAUUAGAUUUAUGGGUUUGCAUAUUUUGUUUGACGUUAGAAUUUGAGUGAACUUUGGAAUGAAAUGCUUAAACAUGAUAUUCA